AAAGAACUACAUUACCCAUGAGCCCUGGCGAAGUCAGGCGUUACUCAAGGAAAGCAGUUAGUUUAUUAAGGUGGAUUGGCUCGAAUUGAGUGGUUUAUUAAGUCCAGUGGCAGACGGAGCAAUGCGACCUGACUUUUAGCACCAAGCUAUUAUGAGAAAACAAAUGGCGACGACUGCACUUUGAACUAUUUGUCGCACAUCAACUUCAACAAGAUGCAAAUGACCUUUGAGGUUUCAAGUUAUGUGACACUACUGUUUGACUGCUGGAAUGUCAACAGCCCAGCAGGUAGAGUAUCUACACGGUAUGUUGCUGUCCGUGCUGGUAGUCAUGCUGCUGACAGUCUUCUACGAGGUGCUGAAGGUUUGGAGGGUGUGGCUUAGUACGAGCACGCCUCCUCGUCCUUCGUCUUACGCGGCGACCCCGCCGUCUCAGCACAGCGACUUCACCUCUGUGUUGCAAAACAGCCAAUCAGAUGCGUCGCUCGCACCCACAGAAGUGCACCAUUUUUUCCCAGACAACAUUGACGGUUGGAUCAGACAUGGGAUCCAGACCCUCCUCCACGUGCUGCAGGUGACGCUGGGCUACAUGCUGAUGCUGUGCGUCAUGACCUACAACACUUGGAUCUUCCUGGGCGUCAUCGUUGGUUCCACUCUGGGAUAUUUCAUCUCAUUCCCUCUGCUGCGUCAGCGCUGAAGGACAUUUACGGCUCAGGAGCUUCGGUGAAAACCAUGAAAAGUGGUCCUUAAGGUGUGUGGAAAUCCUCCUAAAUAAGCUGUUUUGAUGGCUGCGGGCAUUGCCAAAUGAUCACAAAGGCCACGUAUGAGCAGUAUGUCUGGAUUAUGUUUAGAAUGGCACAUUUGUCGUUCAAUUUUUGGUAUUUUACACCACCCUAAACACUUAACGUUUUGUUUGCUGAAAGUAGAAAUUGUAUAGAAUUUUCAAUGUUAAUUUCUGUUGUUUCCUGUUAAUCUACAGCAGGGGUCCCCAAACUAUGGCCUGCGGGCUGGAACUACGGCCCACCACCGUCCAAAAUCCGGCCCACAGGAAGUCCCAAGUUAAAAAAAAAAAAAAAAAUUUUUCAUUUAUUUUUUUUUAUUUUUUAUUUUAAAUCUGUCCUUUCCUAUCCAUUUUACUCUUGUUACUCUCGAUGUCUCCUAGCCGCUCAGGCCAAUCAUAUUGUAAAAAAUACAUUUUCUCAUCGAUAAUGUGACAUUAGCAGCAAGUGCGCGCUCUUUCAGUCAAUUAGUGUGUGAGAAAUAUAUAUAUAUAUAUAAUGUACACACACAUACAUACAGCCCGGCCCCCGGCCAAAUUGUUCCAACCCAAUGCAGCCCCCGAGUCCAAAAUUUUGGGGACCCCUGAUAUGUAGGAUCAUUUCAUUAAGGAAAAUAACAUUAAAUAAUAUCCAUCCACUCGUUUUCUUCCAUUUGUCCCUUUCGGGGUAAUAAAAGGAAAUAAAACAGA